AUGUUUGCCAUCACCGACUACCGGACCACCUUUGUGAAAAGAAAAGCAAGAGAAAGGGAGGGAAAACAAGAGAAAGUGAGAGAAGGUGAGGAAAAGCAAGAGAAAGGGAGGGAAAACAGGAUAAAGCGAGAGAAGGCGAGAGAAGGUGAGGGAAAACAGGAGAAAGCGAGGGAAGGUAAGGAAAAGCAAGAGAAAGGGAGGGAAAACAAGAGAAAGAGAAAGCGAGGGAAGGGGAGAGAAGGUGAGGGAAAACAGGAGAAAGAGAGGGAAGGUAAGGAAAAGCAAGAGAAAGGGAGGGAAAACAGGAGAAAGCGAGAGAAGGAGGAGGAAAAGCAAGAGAAAGGGAGGGAAAACAGGAGAAAGCGAGAGAAGGCGAGAGAAGGUGAGGGAAAACAGGAGAAAGAGAGGGAAGGUAAGGAAAAGCAAGAGAAAGGGAGGGAAAACAGGAGAAAGCGAGGGAAGGGGAGAGAAGGUAGGAAGAAAGGGUCCGUCAUUCUGUCAGGGAACGCGGGUCAGGACGGGCAGGCUGGCGGGUAGGAGGCAGGGAAGGACGAGGCAGGCAGGCAGAAUACGGGGAAAACUGGGGGUUUAUUAGCGGGGAGACGAUUACGGGAAGAACAGGACAUCACUAACUUCAGCUAACAUCAAUGACAAGUCUGGGGAAGACGGACUCUGACGCAGACUAAAUACAAAAGACAAGUCGAAAAUAACAAGAAACAGCUGGGCAUGAUCAGGGAAGCACACGUGGAUAAUCAGGGGGCAUGGCACACACGAGGAUCGUACGAGCCAGGUGUGAUAGAAAGAAAGAAAGAAAGAAAGAAAGAAAAGAAAGAAAGAAAAUAUUUUUCCUUGUUUUUUUGUCCUGCAUAACAGCAGUAAAAGAUUAUCAAUCACUCGCUACUGGCUUUGAGGAAUUGCUCAGUCAACCAGUUAUAGAGCACACCAGAAUUUUAUAUGUAAGCUGUUAAAACAUGCUUUACACACUUGUUUUUCGCAGGGGGAGUUUAGGAGAACUAAUUUGCCAAGUGAGAACAAUGAGCUUACUGUGGACAUUAUUGACAAAUAACAAAUAUUGAUAAAUUGACAAAUAAAGUCAGUGUGGGGCUGUGAACCACACUGCAUCUGCCUCGACCCAAAGGAACAGUUUCCAGUCUGUGGCCCAGGUAUUUGAUACCUAGCUAGGUGCUACAUAUGUCUUUUAUUUUCUUACCCAUCACAGUGCAUAGUGAUCAGGUCUGUGUCUUUUUUGGCUCACAGAGAACACCGUGUCCAUGUUGAAUUCUGGGAUAUGUUACAUCGGGACACAUUUAUGGGACCAAAGGCCGGUUCUUGGAGUUGUAGUAGAUGUUCCUUUAACGCUACAAAAGUUUUGGGGUCAUUUAUUAGUGCCUUACGCAGUGUUCCAUAUGUACAGGUGUCUGACAACUUGUCCUUUACCUCUGAGGUCCACAGUAAAUAAUAAAACUCUGAUGGGGAGAUUCUUCAAAAUGGACGUAGUAGGAAGUUAGCAGGUGUAUGUAUCGCUUAGUGUAACAGGUGCAGUUGAAUGGGCAGCGCUGCCGGCCGUAUAAUGACCCACUCUCAUAUCUAACUGUAAUACAGUGUGUUUACAGUAAUGUGUAUGUGAUGGACGGCUACAAUAAGCAGAUAAGUACAGCACCUGUACUGUGCUAUUUCGUUACAUACAAAGAAACUGUACAAGAAGAUAUUUCACCACGGCUGUAGGGGUCAUCUUCAUUUUCAGCUCUGAUUGUUUGCUACUGCAAUUUGUGCCUUAUUUUUCCAUGAGAUAUAAAUGCGAUCUCUUUUCAUUGUUAAGUGUUGUGAUAUUAUAUUUACGUUAUUAUUUGCUAUAGAGUACUGUGUGUAUGUUACAGUACUGUACUUAUUACCUUACCUCUCCCCUGUAACUAUUGAGAUACGCCCAUAUUGAAUACGUCUGAUGGUCCCCGUCCCAAAUACGGACACAAGUCGACAGAUUGCCACGUACUGUGAUGUCAAGAUCCCUGCCAGAUUGAACUCAGUUAGUGGCAUUUAA